AUGGCUGCAAAACCUCUUCAUGCAGGCGGAGUCCGACCGCAGCGGAUUCCUUCCGCAAACAAAGAUGGACCUGGGCCCCGGAUGCCUAACCCACCCUCGCUGGUAGAAUACAAGAACUUACGCUUUCUCAUCUUUGAUGCACCAUCCGAUCGAACGCUUGAUCUAUAUUGGAAGGAACUGGAGAAGCAGAGAGUGACCGAUGUCGUAAGAGUGUGCGACCCGACAUAUGACAAAAAGACUCUAGAGGCGAAGGGCGUCGCAGUUCAUGACUGGCCGUUUCCGGAUGGUGAUCCACCGCCAGCUCCAGUAGUCGCUGAGUUUCUGAACCUCGUCAACUCAAAGUUCGGUAAAGAGAAGAAUGGGACAUCUGCAGAGUCCGCUGUCGAUAACAAGACGACGAUCGGAGUCCAUUGCGUCGCGGGUUUAGGGAGGGCACCGGUGUUGGUCACCAUGGCGCUGAUAGAGGCCGGCAUGGCCCCUCUGGAUGCUGUAAUUUAUGUUCGAGAGAGGCGGAGGGGAGCAAUUAACGCGCGGCAGUUGAAAUACGUAGAGAACUACAAAAGGCGAUCUCGUGGGGACAAAGGCUGCAUCAUCUCCUAG